AAACAUAAAAGUCUAACAAAUAAAAUAAUAAAAAAAAUUUGAAAAAAAUAUUCAAAUAUUUAAGAUCAAAAUAGAAUUUAAAAAACUAACCUGAAAAUAAAAUGGCAGAUGAUGGCGGCAAUCCGGAAAAAGAAGCCGAUAAGAAAAUUAUACACGUUUAUCCUUUAGUUAAGCAUUCAGAUAUGAAUGAGGAAAUGCGCACCGAAGCUAUUGAAUUGAGCAUAACGGCUUGUGAGAAAUAUUCCUCCAAUUAUGAGCAAGCUGCCCGGGUUAUUAAAGAAACAAUGGAUAAAAAGUUCGGCAUUUAUUGGCAUGUGGUAGUGGGUGAAGGUUUCGGUUUUGAAAUAACUUUUGAGACUAAAAAUAUUUUAUAUUUAUUUUUUGCCGGCAAUUUAGCUAUAUUGCUGUGGAAGUGCUCUUAGUAAUUUUUCAUAUACUUUAAUAAUACAUCUAUUUAAUAAAAUUUAAAAUGUCCAUUAAAAAUAAAUAUUUUUAUAAAUCUCCUUUUUUUAAAGUUAAAUAAAACAAAUAAAAUAAA